AUGACGAUGAUGACCAAGAAUGACUACGAUGAUCUUGAUUUUAGGCGGCAGAAUGCAAACCUCAGCUCUUUCUCCUCUAAAACCAAAUGUCCCUCGCUCCCUUCUUCCAGCGCCAUGGCCGAGGGCGGCAGCAGCAGCACUAGUGGAGGGGUGCGUGUUCCCCAGGACACCAAGACAGGGGCUGCGUUGGCAGAUGAGAGGGUGGACUUUCUCCGGGAGCAGACUGACAAGUGGAAUCGUUUCAUUGGGGCGGAGGAGAACCAGAGGAUUCUACUGGAUUUCCUGGACCAUGUCUGGAGUGACCGACUACUGCUCUUCACUGGUCCUGGGGGAACCCUACACGCUGGAGACGCACAGACGUCAGCCCCCUGGAAGACCAAGCUGAUGUGUGUGCUGAAGAAGGGCGUCCUGAGGAUCACCAUGCAGGACUUCAGGACUCAGCUGUGGCUGGGGGAGGUCUCCGGACACCCCAUGGAGCACAUGCCUCUCCUCAUCUCUGAGGUUCUGGUGUCAGUGUUAUCUAACUCUCUGAACCACGGCGGUUGGCCUCGGGUGGUGUCUGAGGACAUACACAGACAGCUGGAGCAGUUGAGGAGCAAAGUGGUCACUCUGAGAGGCAGGGCAGAGGGACGCACCCUGCUGCCCCUACCACUGUGUGUGGAGAGAGCUCAGCCACAGGACAUGCUGCUCAGCUCUAAUGGCUGGCCGAUAGACCGGGCUCUGCUGUACUCCAUAGAGACCCUGGUAAUCCAGUGGUCCGGUCAGAUCUGGACCGUCCUGAAGAGGGAUUCCAGCAUGGUGCUGCAGCAGGGGGACCACCCGGGCCCCAGCGCGGAGCUCCACUUCUGGGCCUGUCAGAGAGGCAACCUGCUAGGCGUCCAUUCACAGAUCAUGAACCCUAAGGUGGAACAGAUCAUGGAGAUUCUGAGGAGGAUCAAGAGCAGUUACUACGCCUCCUUCCGCGACAUCUGCCUCAAAGUCAACCAGGCGGUUUUAGAGGCUGAGGAUAUAGACCUGUACCUGAGACCCCUGAGGAGACUGAUCAGUUGUUUUGAGGAGGGGAGUUUCAACAAGCUAGAGAUGCUGUUACCUCCUCUCUUCCACACUCUGUGUCUCAUCUGGAGCCGCUCCCAAUACUACUGCCGCCCUCCACGCAUGGUGCUCCUACUGCAGGAGUUCUGCAAUUUACUCAUCGAGAAGGCGUUUGCCUAUCUGAUCCCAGAGGAGCUGUUUAAGAUGGAACUGGAAGAAGGAGUGGAGAGGGUUCAGAUGACCAUCGGUGUUCUGCGGAGCUUCAAGCGCCUAUUCCACACACACCGCCAGCGCAUCCCUCAGUACUACCGCAGCGGGGAGACUGUCAAACAAUGGGACUUCCCUUCCACUCUGGUCUUCCACAGGGCUGACCAAGUACUGGACAGGCUGCUCAUGAUCGAGGAGCUGUUUGCGUCUGCGCUGGAUUUCCUGAAGCUGGAGAAGGUUGAGCUGGGAGGGUCGAGGGGGAAGAUCCUCAGUGAGAUGGUGUUCAGCAUGAACGAGGAGUUCCACGACGGCUGGAGAACUCUGAGGGAGAGCAAAUACGACCCGCUGGACUACACUAAAGAGGUGAAGCUCGACUUCCUAGUGGACUACAGGCGUUUCAUGGAGCAGAACAGAGACUUUGACCAGAGGCUGGGGACCGUUCUCAACCUGGCCUUCCAACACUCUAAAGGCCUGGAGUCUGCCUUCAAGCUCCUCCAGAUCUUUGGCACCCUCUUAGAGAGACCCAGGAUCAACCAGCUGUUCUCCCCAAACUACAGCACCCUGCUGGGCAUGUUCAACACUGAGAUAGACCACUGCCAGCUCAUACUGGACCAGCAGAGAGAGCGGUUGCGGUCGGGCUGUGUGGUCCUGAGUAAGAACAUGCCACCAGUCGCUGGCAACCUGAAGUGGUCGCAGGAGCUACGAGACCGCAUCCUGAUUAACCGCAGCAACCUCAACCAUCUCAUACGCAUGCCACUGGGUUCUGCAGAGGCAGAGCAGGUUCUCCAGAAGUGUGAGAGGGUUCUAGAGGUUCUAGACCAGCACGAUGAGGAGCUGUUCUCCGUGUGGACGGAGGGGUUGGAGGAACUGUGUAACACACACCUCCAAGAACCACUACUCACCCUGGAUCAAGAGACAGGACUGUUCCAGGUCAACUUCAGCCCUGCACUGACCUCAGUGCUGAGGGAGGUGAAGUAUCUGAGCAUGUUGAAGAACCACAGCAUCCCUAAAGCUGCUCUACACCUCUACUCCAAACGAGAGACACUCUAUAUGUACACCCAGACCUUGGCCCUGAUAACCCAGUGGUACAAUCGGCUGCACAGCACCAUCCUGGCUGUGGAGCUGGGAUUGGUUAAGGAGGAGAUGGGCGGGACCAGACGGCAGCUAAAGCCCGCUCUCCAAGAACUGACCUGGAGUAGGGAUGACCUGUGGGACUACGUCCAGACCACACGAGACCUGGUGCAGGACGUGUCCAGUAGGGUCCAGUCCAGUAAGGCUAAUGUUGAGGCCAUUCAGGCUCUGAUGGGGAAGUUCAGUCACCAGGCCUUCAUCACCAGGAAGACCAGGGGUUCUACCCUCCUCAUCCUCACUGACAUGGAGGAGAGCAUCAGCAAACAGUACACACUCAUCACCAACACAGGGGAGCAGAUACACACACUGCUAAAGGAGAACCUUGCUCUGUUAGGAGUGUCAGCCCCAGACUGUGCCGAGUGGAGGUCCUACACUGACUAUGUUGACCGCAUGGUUCUAGCAGGGUUCUCCAGUGCGGUACGCUGUUCCCUACAGUACCUGAUCGAGAACACUGACCCAGCCCUUCGCAUCGCCCCGCUCUUCGAGGUCCAGCUGGUCCUCAACGCCAACGAGAUGACCUUCGAACCCUCGCUGGACAUCAGUCACCAGGGAAACUUCUAUGACAUCAUCGACAAGAUGGUGGGUGAUAUCACUAAGAUGGCAUCGUUCAUACCCCGCGUGGCCAAGCAUAAACAGAUGGACAACUAUCAGUCUGACAUAGACAGGAUGGCCGACCUGUUAGAGCUGGGCCAGGUCAUCAGAGGCCGUGCCCGAUCGACCAUUUCUAAGGUCAGAGAGUACCAGGUGUCAUUCUCCAGCUACCGCUACCUCUGGACAGAUGACAGGUCAGAGUUCAUGAGACAGUUCCUGCUGUAUGGUCAUGUCCUGAGCACAGAGGAGGCUGAGCUCUACGCAGACUAUGAACUGGCCAAGAACCCACCCACACUGGACAACUUUAAAGAACAGAUCAGCCUGUUUGAGUCUCUAUACGUGCGGGUCAGUAAGCUGGAGGACAGGAGAGUGUUCUGUGGCUGGCUGCAGCUGGACAUCAAGCCCUUCAAACUGGCCCUGAUGAACAUCAUCAAGAGGUGGAGCUGGAUGUUCAAAGAGCACCUACUCAACCAUGUCAAUCAGAGUGUGAGCGACCUGGCGUUGUUUGUCCAGAACACAUCUUGUGGUCUGUCCAAUAAGGUCUCAGACGGGGACUAUGCUGGUCUGGUGGACAUUAUGGGUCAUCUGAUGGCCAUACGGGACAGACAGAUCAGUGCUGACCAACACUUCAAACCACUCAAGUCCACCACUGAUCUACUCAAGACCUAUGGACAGCAGCUACCAGGAAGUGUCUAUACACAGCUGGAGGAGCUGCCUGAGAAGUGGAAGAGUCUGAAAAAGGUCGCGUUUACAGUGAAACACGAGGUGGCCCCACUGCAGUCCAACGAGGUCUCCGUCAUACGUAGGAAGUGUGUCCGCUUUGAGAUCAAGCAGCACGAGUUCAGAGAGCAGUUUCGCUCGGAGGUCAUCUUCAGAAUAGACGUGGAGGAGCCUUAUAAGCUGAUUGACAAGUCUAACCGUGUUGUAGCAGUGUUGGAGGCAGAGAUGCGUAAGCUCCAGGACACAGCUGAUCUGUUCGAGGUCAGUUUCCCUGACUACAAGCAGCUCCGCCAGUGUCGCUCUGACAUCAUCCUGGUCAAAGCCGUCUGGGACAUGGUCAUCUUCGUCAAGACCAGUAUAGAGGACUGGACUAAGACCCCGUGGAAAGAGAUUAACGUGGAGCAGAUGGACAUGGAGCUGAGGAGAUUUGCUAAGGAGAUGAAGACCCUGGAUAAGGAGGUGCGUGUGUGGGAUGUGUAUCUGGGUCUGGAGUCGACGGUGAAGAACCUGCUGACGUCUCUUAGAGCGGUCAACGAGCUGCAGAACCCUGCUGUCAGAGAGAGACACUGGCAACAACUCAUGAACACCACCGGGGUGCGGUUUGUGAUGUGGGAGGGGACCACUCUGGGAGACCUACUGGAGCUGCAGCUCCACAGGGUGGAGGACGAGGUCAAAAACAUAGUGGACAAGGCAGUCAAAGAGAUGGCCAUAGAGAAGGUGCUAGCUGAGAUUACUCAGACGUGGAGUGUGAUGGCGUUGUCUUAUGAGAAGCACCCCAGUAUAGAAACUCCACUGCUCAAGUCGGACGAAAACCUGAUUGAGACGCUGGAAGACAACCAGGUGCAGCUGCAAAACAUCCUGAUGAGUAAGUAUGUGGAGUACUUCCAGGCGGAGGUGAGUGGCUGGCAGAGGAGGCUAAUGGUGGCAGACCUGGUCAUCUCCUCCUGGAUGUCUGUCCAGAGGACCUGGGCCCACCUCAACAGCAUCUUCACCAACAGCCACGACAUACGCUCUCAACUAGCCCACGAUGCUGAGCGCUUCCAGGGCAUACACUCCGACUUCCAGAACAUGAUGACAGAGGUUGUCCAGACCCGUAACGUGGUGGAGGUCACCAACCAACCUGGCUUCCUGGAGAAACUAGAGGCUCUGCAGCAAAGGCUGUCAGUGUGUGAGAAGGCCCUGGCUGAGUAUCUGGAAACCAAAAGACUGACGUUCCCUCGGUUCUACUUUGUCUCUGCUACAGACCUACUGGAGAUUGUCUCCAAGGGAACACAGCCCAAACAGGUUACCAGGCACCUGUUGAAGCUGUUUGAUAAUGUGGCGGACCUUCGCUUCCAAGACUCAGAGAAAGCGGGAGAGGAGGAGGGAGGAGAAAAGAAAGAGGGAGAGGAGGAUGAGGGGGAGGCAGUUGCCAUAGGAAUGUACAGUAGAGAAGGGGAGUACGUACCCUUCUCCGAACCCUGCAUCUGCCAAGGACAGGCAGAGUGCUGGCUGAGUGAACUGGAGCGGACUAUGCGCUCUACAGUCCAGAGGGAGAUCCAAGAAGCCGUCGCUGCUUAUGAGGACAAACCCAGAGACCAGUGGCUGUUUGACUAUCCAGCACAGGUUGGUCUGACUGGCAGCCAGGUGUGGUGGGCGACAGACGUGGGCAUCGCCUUUGAGAGGGUGGAGGAGGGCUUUGAGACUGCCCUGAAAGACUACAACAGAAAGCAGAUCACCCAGCUGAACUCCCUGAUCCAUAUGCUCCUGGGAGACCUGACUCCAGGUGACAGACAGAAGAUCAUGACCUUGUGCACCAUCGACGUGCACGCUCGCGACGUGGUCGCCAAACUCAUAGCACAGAAGGUGACAACGGGACAGGCGUUUGCAUGGCUGUCCCAGCUGCGCCAUCGUUGGGAUGACGUGACGAGACACUGUUACAUCAACAUCUGUGAUGCUCAGUUCCAGUUCUCAUACGAGUACCUGGGCAAUACCAACAGACUGGUCAUCACUCCACUCACUGACAGGUGUUACAUCACUCUGACCCAGUCUCUCCACCUGACGAUGAGUGGCGCCCCCUCUGGUCCAGCAGGAACUGGGAAGACUGAAACCACCAAGGACCUGGGCCGCUCCUUAGGCAUCAUGGUCUAUGUAUUCAACUGCUCCGAACAGAUGGACUACAAGUCCAUAGGGAACAUCUAUAAAGGUCUGGCCCAGACGGGCGUGUGGGGCUGUUUUGACGAGUUCAACAGGAUCUCUGUGGAGGUGCUAUCUGUGGUGGCGGUACAGGUCAAAACCAUACAGGACGCCAUCAGGAACAAGAGACAGAGGUUCCAUUUCCUGGGUGAGGAGAUCGAGCUGAGGCCGACCGUAGGGAUUUUUAUCACUCUGAACCCAGGCUACGCUGGGAGAACUGAACUACCAGAGAACCUCAAGGCCUUGUUCAGGCCGUGUGCGAUGGUGAUUCCUGACUAUGAGUUGAUCUGUGAGAUCAUGCUGGUUGCUGAGGGAUUCAUCGACGCUCGCCUGCUCGCACGCAAGUUCAUCAGCCUGUACACACUCUGCAAGGAGCUGCUCUCUAAACAGGACCACUAUGACUGGGGCCUGAGGGCCAUCAAGUCAGUGCUGGUGGUGGCUGGAUCACUGAAGAGAGAAGACAGGAGCAGACCAGAAGAACAGGUCCUGAUGCGAGCGUUGAGGGACUUUAACCUUCCCAAAAUAGUGACCAGUGACGUCCCUAUAUUCCUGGGUCUGAUCAGUGACCUGUUUCCCCAGCUGGAUGUCCCCAGGAAGAGAGACCCAGAGCUGGAGACAGCUGUACGACAGUCAGUCAGUGAACUACACCUGCAACCUGAGGAGAACUUUAUACUCAAGGUGACUCAGUUGGAGGAGCUGCUGGAUGUCAGACACUCAGUGUUUGUAGUAGGAGGAGCUGGGACAGGGAAGAGCCAGAUUUUGAAGACCCUCCACAGAACGUAUGCUAAUCUGAGGAUGAAGCCUGUGUGGCACGACAUCAACCCUAAAGCUGUGACCACAGACGAACUGUUUGGCUAUCUACACCCUGCUACCAGAGAAUGGAAGGACGGUCUACUUGCUGUUCGGGUUUGGUCAAUGUUGAUUACAUUUAUUUUGGUCAUUUUAGGCCUGUUCUCCUCCACUAUGAGGGAGCUGACACGACAGGUGGGCCAUGACGGGCCCAAGUGGAUUGUUCUGGAUGGAGACAUAGACCCCAUGUGGAUAGAAUCCCUCAACACUGUCAUGGAUGACAACAAGGUGUUAACCUUGGCCAGUAAUGAGCGUAUCAGUCUAUCUUCCUCCAUGCGUCUGCUUUUUGAGAUCAGCCAUUUGAGAGCGGCAACCCCAGCCACAGUCUCCCGCGCCGGGAUACUAUACGUCAAUCCACAAGACCUGGGCUGGAGCUCGUACGUCACAAGUUGGAUUGACACCAGGCAGGCCCAAUCAGAGCGAGCCAACUUGACCAUCCUGUUUGACAAGUACGUCCCCUACUGCCUGGAGCAGGUCCGCUGUAACCUCAAGACCAUCACUCCUAUACCUGAGAACAGCAUGGUGCAGACGCUAUGUUCCUUGUUGGACUGCCUGCUGACAGAAGACAACACUCCUCCUGACUCUCCCAGAGAACUCUAUGAGAUCUACUUUGUCUUCGCCUGCGUCUGGGCCUUUGGAGGAGCUCUGUUCCAGGACCACUUGAUAGACUAUCGAGCUGAGUUCAGUCGCUGGUGGUCGAAGGAGAUGAGAGCGGUGAAGUUCCCUUCGCAGGGCACAGUGUUCGACUACUUCAUAGACUCAGACACUAAGAAGUUCAGUCCCUGGAUUGAGAAGACGCCCCAGUUUGAGCUGGAGCCUGAUGUCCCCCUACAGACGGUGCUAGUCCACUCGGCAGAGACCAUCUGUCUGACGUACUUCAUAGACCUGCUGUUGCAGAGAGGCAAGCCUGUGAUGUUGGUGGGGAACGCUGGAGUAGGGAAGACCAUCCUGGUGUCUGAUAAAGUAGCCAAGCUAAAGGAGGACUACAUGGUGGCUAAAGUCCCCUUCAACUACUACACCACCUCGGCUAUGCUACAGCGUGUGUUAGAGAAGCCUCUAGAGAAGAAGGCAGGGCGUAACUAUGCUCCUCCUGGAACCAAGAAACUCAUCUACUUCAUAGACGACCUCAACAUGCCUGAGGUGGAUGUGUAUGGUACUGUCCAGCCACACACACUCAUACGCCAGCACCUGGACUACAACCACUGGUAUGACAGACAGAGGCUGGUGCUGAAAGAGAUCCAUAACUGCCAGUACAUCACCUGUAUGAACCCUACAGCAGGGAGCUUCUCAGUCAACCCCAGACUACAGAGGCAUUUCUCAGUGUUUGCGGUUCAUUUCCCUAGCGCUGAGGCGCUAGCCACCAUCUUCACUAGCAUCCUGUCAGCCCAUUUCCUCCAGGGGGGCUUCAGCUAUGGCGUCUCGCGCUCUGUAGGAACAUUAAUACAGGCAGCCAUCUGUCUCCAUCAGAAGAUCAGUCAGAACUUCCUCCCCACGGCCAUACGCUUCCACUAUAUCUUCAACCUGAGGGACCUCUCCAACAUCUUCCAGGGUAUUCUGUUUGCCCUGCCAGAUUGUGUGCGUUACCCCAUAGACCUGGUCCAUCUGUGGCUCCAUGAGUCGUCCCGGGUCUACUCUGACAAACUGAUGGAGGAGAAGGAUGUAGAACUCUUCAACAAGAUCCUACUGGACACUGGCAAGAGAUACUUUGAGGGUAUAGAUGAGUCUAUUUUCAUCCACCAGCCCCUGGUGUACUGUCACUUUGCCCAUGGGGUGGGGGAGCCCAGGUACCACCAGGCAUCAGACUGGGAGAAGCUCCAGAAGACCCUGACUGAUGCUCUGGAACACUACAACGAGCUGCAUGCUGUCAUGAACCUGGUGCUCUUUGAGGAGGCCAUGCAGCAUGUAUGUCGUAUCAGUCGUAUCCUGGAGGCCCCCCAUGGUAAUGCUCUGCUGGUGGGGGUGGGAGGCAGUGGGAAGCAGAGUCUGUGUCGCCUCGCUGCCUUCCUCAGUACCCUGGAGGUGUUCCAGAUUACACUGAGGAAGGGCUACGGGAUACAUGACCUACGGAGUGAUAUAGCAGCGCUGUAUAUCAAGGUGGGGGUGAAGAAUAUUGGGACAGUCUUCCUCCACACAGACGCCCAGAUCCCAGACGAACGCUUCCUGGUCCUCAUCAACGACAUGCUGGCAUCAGGGGACAUCCCAGACCUGUUCAGUGAGGAGGAAGUGGACAUGAUCGUGACGUCCAUCCGUAUGGAGCUAAGAGGACUGGGCCUGAUUGACACCAGAGACAACUGCUGGGCCUUCUUCAUCGAGAGGAUACGGAGGCAGCUCAAGGUGGUCCUGUGUUUUUCCCCGGUAGGGUUCACCCUGCGUACCCGUGCUCGUAAGUUCCCGGCCCUGGUCAACUGUACAGCCAUAGACUGGUUCCACUCCUGGCCUCAGCUGGCCCUACAGUCUGUCAGCACCACCUUCAUAGAGAAGAUACCUGAUCUGGAGCCGGAUGUCCGUGCGUCCAUCAGUGAGUUUAUCUCCUACGCCCAUACUAGUGUUAACGAGGUGAGUGUGAAGUACCAGCAGAACGAGAAGCACUUCAACUACACCACUCCCAAGAGCUUCCUAGAGUUUAUGAAGCUGUACGGUAACCUACUGGGGACAAAACGCAGAGAGCUCACUCAGAAGAUGGAGAGACUGGAGAACGGCCUGCAGAAACUACAGACCACAGCCUCACAGGUGGAGGAUCUAAAGGCUAAGUUAGCGGUCCAGGAAGUAGAGUUGUGGCAGAGGAACACAGACACAGAGGCUCUCAUCACUAAGAUCGGCCAGCAGACAGACAAACUCAACCAGGAGAGGGCUGUGGCAGACGCAGAGGAACAGAGGGUAGGAACCAUCCAGGCUGAGGUGACCAUGCAGCAACAGCAGAGUGAAGAGGACCUGGCGAAGGCUGAACCUGCCUUACAGGCAGCUAACGCAGCCCUCAACACACUCAACAGGCUGAACCUGACAGAGUUGAAGACGUUCCCUAACCCCCCAGCCAUAGUGACUAACGUGUCUGCUGCUGUCAUGGUGCUACUGGCUCCUCAUGGUAAAUUACCCAAAGACCGCAGCUGGAAGGCAGCAAAAGUAGUCAUGAGCAAGGUGGAUGACUUCCUACAGGCGUUGGUGAACUUUGACAAGGAGCACAUCCCAGAAUCGACAGUGAGGUGCGUGAGAGAUGAGUACCUCAGUGACCCAGAGUUUAACCCUGAGUUUGUCAGACUCAAAUCAUCCGCCGCCGCCGGUCUCUGUGCCUGGGUCCUCAACAUCAUACGCUUCCACGAGGUGUUCUGUGAGGUGGAGGUGAAGAAGCUGUGUCUCUCUCAGGCUAAUGCUGACCUGGCUGAGGCUGCAGACAAACUAGAAGCCAUUAGGAAGAAACUAGCUGAGUUGGACUGUAGUCUGGACACCCUGACUGCUGCGUUUGAGAAGGCUACCUCUGAGAAGCUUCGCUGUCAGGACGAGGUCAACCACACCAACAAGACCAUCGAACUGGCCAAUCGCCUCGUCAAAGGACUCGAGUCGGAGAAUGUGCGUUGGGCCCACUCUGUAGCCGGGUACCAUGAGCAGGAGGAGACUCUGUGUGGAGACAUUCUGCUGACUGCAGCCUUCAUCUCCUACGCCGGAUCCUUCUCUAAGAAGUACCGCAGAGAACUACUGGAGAACCUCUGGAUGCCCUUCCUACGUGGCCAGAAGAUCCCCAUCCCAAUGACGGAGGGGUUAGAUCCAGUGUGUAUGCUGACUGAUGAUGCUACCGUGGCUCAGUGGAACAACGAGGGGUUGCCGGGAGACAAGAUGUCCACUCAGAACGCCACCAUCCUCACCAACUGUGAACGCUGGCCACUGCUUAUUGACCCCCAACUGCAGGGCUUCAAGUGGAUCAAGAUUCGUUAUGGCAACAGCCUCAAGGUGGUCAGCCUGGGAGAGAAAGGGUAUGUGGAUGUGAUAGAGCAGGCUGUUGUGACAGGAGACACUGUCCUCAUAGAGAAUCUGGAGGAGUCCAUCGACCCUGUCAUAGACCCUCUACUAGGACGACACACUAUCAAGAAGGGCAGUUGUAUAAAGGUGGGGGAUAAAGAGUGUUUCUUCCACCCAGCGUUCAGACUGAUCCUCCACACUAAGCUGGCUAACCCUCACUAUAAGCCUGAGAUCCAGGCCCAGACCACCCUCAUCAACUUCACUGUUACAAGAGACGGCCUGGAGGACCAGCUGUUGGCCCAGGUGGUCAAUCUGGAGAGGCCCGACCUCGAGCACCUCAAGAGUGACCUGACCAAGCAGCAGAACCUGUUCAAGAUAGAGCUGAAGCUGUUGGAGGACGAGCUGCUGGGCCGUCUCUCUGCUGCUGAGAGCAACUUCCUAGGAGACAACGUCCUGGUGGAGAAACUAGAGACCACCAAACACACGGCCGCAGAGAUCGAGAUGAAGGUUCUGGAGGCGAAGGUGAACGAGGUGAAGAUCAACGAGGCCAGAGAACACUACCGCCCCGUAGCAGUCAGAUCCUCUCUGCUCUACUUCAUCAUGAACGACCUCAACAAGAUCAACCCCAUGUACCAGUUCAGCCUCAAGGCGUUUAACGUGGUGUUCCACAAGGCGGUGGAGCAGGCAGAGGUGUGUGAGGACGUGAGGAGCAGAGUCAACACUCUAAUAGACGGCAUCACCUACUCCACCUUCAACUACAUCAGCAGAGGCCUGUUUGAGAGAGACAAACUCACCUUCACCGCUCAACUCGCCUUCCAGUUGUUACUGAUGAGUAAGGAGAUAGACGUACGAGAACUAGACUUCCUGCUCCGCUUCAACAUCGACCACAGCUACAUCUGUCCUGUAGACUUCCUCUCCAACCAGGCCUGGAGCGCCAUCAAGACAAUGAGUUUCACUGAUGAGUUUCGUGGUUUGGAUCGGGACAUCGAGGGCUCCCCUAAACGCUGGAAAAAGGUGGUAGAGUCCGAGUGUCCGGAGAAAGAGAAGUUUCCUCAGGAGUGGAAAGCAAAAAGUUCCCUACAGAAACUCAUUAUGAUGAGAGCCCUGAGACCUGAUAGGAUGACUUACGCUGUCAGGAACUUUGUGGAGGAGAAGUUGGGGGUGAAGUAUACAGAGAGGAGGAAGACUGAGUUUGCAAAGUCCUUCAGAGAGAGUGGACCUGCCUCGCCUGUCUUCUUCAUCCUGUCUCCCGGAGUAGACCCUCUCAAAGACGUGGAGUCACUGGGCAGGAAGUUAGGAUUCACCAUAGACCUGGGGAAGCUCCACAAUGUGUCUUUGGGUCAGGGCCAGGAGGCUGUGGCUGAGGUUGCCAUGGAGAUGGCUGCUAAGGAGGGACACUGGGUCAUCCUACAGAAUAUCCACCUGGUGGCUCGCUGGCUGGGGUCGUUGGAGAAGCUUCUGGAACGGUGCUGUGAGGGCAGUCACCAGGACUACAGAGUGUUUAUGAGUGCUGAGCCUGCCCCUACACCACAGGAGCACAUCAUCCCUCAGGGCAUCCUGGAGAAUGCCAUCAAGAUCACCAACGAGCCUCCCACUGGCAUGCAUGCCAACCUUCACGCUGCUCUGGACAACUUUGACCAGGAUAUUUUGGAUCAGUGCAGUAGAGAGCAGGAGUUUAAGACCAUCCUGUUCUCUCUGUGUUAUUUUCAUGCCUGUGUGGCUGAGAGGCGCAAGUUCGGUCCUCAGGGUUGGAACAGGAAAUACCCCUUUAACACUGGAGACCUCACCAUCUCUGUCAAUGUGCUCUACAACUACCUGGAGGCCAACUCACAGGUGCCGUGGGAGGACUUGCGCUAUCUGUUUGGAGAGAUCAUGUACGGAGGUCACAUCACAGACGACUGGGACAGAAGACUCUGUCGAACCUACCUGGAGGAAUACAUGCAGCCCAACCAGUCUGACAGGAAGUUGGCUCUGGCGCCGGGCUUUGUGGUUCCCUCCAACCUGGACUACCAGGGUUACCACGGUUACAUAGAUGAGAUGCUGCCCCAUGAGAGCCCGGUGCAUUAUGGGCUACACCCCAAUGCAGAGAUAGAGUUUCUGACGGUGACCUCUGAUAACCUCUUCCACACACUGCUGGAGCUGCAGUCACCUGACUCUGUGAUGGGAGAGGGGGCUUCACAGACCGUAGAGGAGAAGGUGAAGACCAUCCUAGACGAGGUGUUGGAGAAGCUUCCAGAAGAGUACAACAUGUCAGACAUCACGUCUAAGACAGCGGAGAGAUCACCAUACAUCCUGGUCUGCUUCCAGGAGUGUGAACGUAUGAACACGCUCAUCUACGAGAUACGCCGCUCACUCAAAGAGCUGGACCUGGGGCUGAAGGGUGAGCUGGCGAUCUCCUCAGAGAUGGAGCAGAUCCAGGCGGCUCUGUUCUUCGAUAACGUCCCAGACACCUGGACCAAACUGGCCUACCCCUCUACUUACAGCCUUGCCCAGUGGUAUAAUGACGUGUUGCUGCGCUGCAGAGAGCUGGACAGCUGGACACAGGACCUGGCUCUGCCCACCGUCAUCUGGUUGUCUGGACUCUUCAACCCACAGUCCUUCUUAACAGCGGUGAUGCAGUCUCUGGCUCGUAAGAAUGAGUGGCCGUUAGAUAAGAUGAACCUGACUGUGGAUGUGACUAAGAAAUUUAAGGAAGAGUUCAACCAGCCGGCCAGAGAGGGAGCAUACGUAUACGGACUAUACAUGGAAGGUGCAAGAUGGGACACUCAGGGUGGGGUGAUCGCCGAGGCUCGUCUGAAGGAGUUAACCCCCUCCAUGCCGGUCAUCUCAGUCCGAGCCGUACCGAACGACAGACAGGAGACGCGUAACAUCUACGAGUGUCCCCUGUACAAGACCAAGCUGAGAGGAACCACGUAUGUCUGGACCUUCAGCCUCAAGACCAGAGAGAGACCAGCCAAGUGGGUACUGGCUGGGGUGGCCCUGCUGCUCAGUGUGUAGAGGCAAGGGUUAAGGGGGUGAGGAGGGAGACCAGCCAAGUGGGUACUGGUUGGAACGAAGCAAUGUCGUUUUUUCAUUCGCUAUUCCUAGGGUGUGUAUUAUGUUGCUAAGUGUGAGAGAAGUUAUUUUAUGUAAAAUACAUGCGUGUUACUACAUAAUCCCUAGAACCAGGUUUUAUGUUACUAUAGAAAUAUAAAAGGAAUUUGUAUAGUACUGUUUUAGCACCUGAAAGCUAUAUGAAAAUGUAUUCAUCUAUUUGACAUUUUUUCAUAUGACUUAGUAAGAAUAGAAAUAAAAAUCUGUAUUUUUCAGGAAUUUAUUGAAAAACAAUACAGUACAAGCUGCAAAAUAGUUUCACACAUUUGAUCACAGUAAGAACCCAUUAAUUCAAAGCUUAGUAUUUUGAACAAAUCAACUGUAUCGUCUAACAAGUGUACAAGUCGAAAAGCAGAAAACAUUGGAUGGUACCCUUUACCUAGGCCUAGCCUCUACUGAUGAGUGAUGUUCAAGUGCUCUAUGGUCUAUGUAACACUUGUUAAUAUGGCACAUCAGUUACAUGUCACUUUAAAAGCUUCAAUGGGCACAAUUUCCCAAAAGCAGCUUCAGGCUAAGUUCAUCCUUACAAGCAUAGGAUCCUAUAGUUUUAAACUAUGAACGUUACGAUGAGCUUUAUUACGAUGCUUUUGGGAAACCGGGCCUAGAACAACAUGACAGAUAGCAGGAGGAAUUCCACACUGCUCAUAAUUCGUCACUAUUAUGCCCCACAGUCCUCACACACAGGGGCGUGUAUACAUUUGGCUUCAAUU